AAUCCACGCAUCAACGACCCCCUUCCCUCCCCUCCUCCCCCUCCUCUCCCCCUUCCCAUAAAAAAGCGAAAACCCCCACCUCCUCCUACUCCCUCUCCUCCCCCCUCCUCCUCUUCUUCCCAUACCGCCCUACGUUCCGUCCACAACGGUACCCGAUACUUGAAGCCCGUCUCCCCCGGCAUCAUCUCCUCUUCUUCAGAUGGUAGUCGUGCCGUCCUCGUCGGUGACUCCGGCGUUUCCUACCUCCUCCCCGGUGCUCCUUUCGAGUUCCAUUUCAGCUACUCCGAAACCCCCAAUGCCAAACCCAUUGCCAUCCGCGAGCCCGCCUUCCUCCCUUUCGCUCCCCCGGAGAUGCCUCGCCCUUGGACCGGCAAAGCCCCCCUCCUCUCCAAGAAGGAGAAAGAGAGGAAGAAGAAGAUCCGCCUUUUCCAGCCCCUCGGCGAGGACUCGUCCCCCCCUGCUGGAGUCGCCAAGGUGCUCGAGAUGGCUGGGCGGCGCCCGGUGGAACUUGGCAGAUACAUUGAUGUUCGGAGCAGGGAGGAGAUAUUGGGGGAGCCAUUGACGCUUGCUGAAGCUAUGGCGCUCGUCAAACCUUACCUGUCCAAUAAUCGUCAGGUUAAUCUAGGAAGGGAUGGGUUAACGCACAAUAUGUUGGAGUUGAUUCAUUCACAUUGGAGACGGCAGGAGGUUUGUAAGGUUCGAUGCCGUGGUGUACCUACAGUGGACAUGAAUAACGUCUGCUAUCACCUUGAGGAAAAAACUGGUGGAAAGAUCAUACGCAGGACUGGUGGAAUUGUUUAUCUAUUCCGUGGUAGAAACUACAACCCACGUACACGACCUAGAUACCCUGUAAUGCUCUGGAAACCGGCAGCUCCUGUCUAUCCCAAACUUAUACAAGAAGCUCCCGAAGGAUUAACCAAAGAGGAAGCAGAAGAAUUAAGACAAAAAGGGCAAAAUCUCUUACCGAUUUGUAAAUUAGCAAAAAAUGGGAUUUUUUUGUCUCUUGUCAAGGAUGUAAGAGAUGCCUUUGAAUUAAGCCAUUUGGCGAAGGUUGACUGCCGAGGACUAGAUCCAAGUGAUUUCAAAAAGAUAGGUGCAAAGCUAAAGGAUCUUGUGCCUUGUGUGCUGCUGUCUUUUGAUCAGGAGCAGAUUCUCAUGUGGAGAGGUAAAGAUUGGAAGUCAAGAUACCAUACAUCCAUCUCCUUGGUUCCCAACAUUUCUACAAAUGAUGAUGGAACAUCAUCUUAUUCUGGUGAAACAGAUCUGUCACUUGACAGUGCCGAUGAGUCCUCGCUCAACAAGGUAGUAUCAAGCCCCAAAAUGAUGUCCUUAUGGAAGCGAGCUCUGGAGUCAAACAAAGCAUUAUUAUUAGAUGAGACUGAUCUCACUCCAGAUUCACUUCUUGAGAGAGUUGAAGAAUUUGAAGGCUUGUCACAGGCUGCUGAACACUCGUAUCCACCCUUGUUUCUUUCUGGUACUGGAGCAAAUGAUGAUAGUGACAUUACAGAAUAUGGAAAUAAUGAAAAUCAAGUUGAAGAUAAUGAGGAAUAUGACAGAGACUCUAAUGAUUUUUCUGAAGAGCUAGAGUCCUCAGUCCCCUUUGGAUCUUUACCUGUUGAUUUAAUAGCAGAACGGCUGCACAGAGAAAUAUAAAUUUUCUGGCAUUAGAUGUGCAGAUGCUUCAUUUUGUAGGCAUUAUGGAUAGCCAUUUAUCAAAUUAGUACCAUUGCCGAAUUCUGCUUCUUAAGCAUCUUGAGUCAUUCCAAAAUGGUAUUUCUUGCCAGGAAAAUAAUGAAAAAUGUAUAUUCUUAGUGGCCUUUUAAACUGACUAAUAUGGUCAAUAUAUACGUGGAUACUUUUGCAGUUGAGAACUUAUGGAUUAUGGUUGAAUUUGGUGAAGCUCAAGCUUGGAAGAA